UUCACCCAAUUCAUCGGCCUGCCUGACGGGCAAACGGAACUCAGCUGAGUUUAAUGCAAAAUUCACCAGCUGCUUCUUUCCCCCAGAACCGGUGAGAUCAGUUCAUUACGAAAUUCAGGCAAACCUACCCCCACCCCCAAAACAGAACGACCAAAAGAUGCCGACUCCAUCUCCGUCAUCCACCUUCGAUCUCUCAACCAUCUCCUUCCCCUUGCUCUCUGUUAUCGUCGGCGGCGUCCUCGCCCUCCUCCUCUUCGCCGACUACUUCCGCCGCAAGCGAGCGGAGUCCCACCACUCGCCGGAUCCGACCACUGCCCAAGCCACGCCGCUGCUCAAGGCCCAAGCCCCGCCGCCGCGAAAACUCCAUCCCCGAUCUCACUCCCACAACGUCGACAAGGAUCAGAACAAGAAGCACCAUCCUCUCGAUGUCAACACUCUGAAAGGGCACGGCGACUCCGUCACUUCUCUCUGCUUCUCAUCGGAUGGCCGAAAUCUUGCUACAACAUGUGCGGAUGGAGUGGUGAGGGUGUUUCGGAUCGAUGACGUUUCCAGUAAAAGUUUCAAGCUUUUGAAGAUUAACUUACCAGCUGGUGCCCAUCCAACUGCGAUUGCUUUCUCUGACGGAGCUUCCUCUGUGAUUGUAGCAGCUCAGGUUCUCUCUGGUUCCUCCCUUUUCAUGUACGGGGAUGUAACUACAAAGCCUUCAGGUGAAGGGAAGCAGGGAAAACUUCCCUCUCCUGAGAUUAAAUGGGAGCAUCAGAAGGUACAUGAUCACAGGUCUGUGUUGACAAUGACAGCAGUUUCUUCGACCUAUGGCCAUGGAAAUGGGAGUACAAUUGUUGCCUCGUGUUCAGAAGGUACUGACAUUAAACUUUGGCAUGGAAAAGAUGGAAAAGAAUUGGGAACAGUUGAUACUAACUGUGAUAAAUGCUGCAAGUUGAGGGGUGAUAAAGUUAUUGAAGGUAUGGAUGAUGGGGUACCUUCUAUGAAUAUUUCACCAUAUAUAACAUUUGAUGAAAAGUUGUGUCAGUUCUUGGAAAAACAGAAAGAGACCAAUGUACUGACAUUAAACUUUGGCAUGGAAAAGAUGGAAAAGAAUUGGGAACAGUUGAUAUUUACUGCAGAUGUGAAGGUGUGGGAGAUCAUAUAUUCCAAGGAUGCUUCAGUGAAGGAAGUUCUCAAAGUUAUGCAAUUGAAGGGGCAUAAGAGUGCAGUGACUUCUUUGUGCUUCACUCCAAAUUCAGAGCAGAUCAUUACAGCAUCAAAAGAUGGUUCUUUAAGAAUAUGGAAUAUCAAUGUUCGUUAUCAUCUUGAUGAAGACCCAAAGACCUUGAAAGUAUUCCCAAUUCCUCUCAAAGAUUCAAAAGGUUUAACUUUACACUAUGAUCGCAUCAGUCUCUCACCUGAUGGGAAAAUUCUGGUGACCACUUCUGGUUCUACAUUGCAAUGGCUAUGCGCUGAAACUGGGAAGAUUUUGGAUACAGCUGAGAAAGCGCAUGAAGGUGACAUUACUGGCAUUGCAUGGUCGCCUCAUUGCAUACCGAUGGCGGGAACACAAGCAAUGGUUUUAGCCACAUCGGGUGAGGACAAAAGAGUGAGAUUGUGGUUAGCGCCUGAAUUCCAUUCCUCAUGAAGUACUUCAAGUCUCAGCAACUAGAAAACGAUCUGUAGAUUUUCUGCAGAAGAGCAAUAUGAGUUGUUCCUAAAGUCUGACCCAAACUCUCUGCUAUGAGAGUUUUAUUAGCGACGCACAAAAGUUAAAUAGCGAAACUAAAAGAAAAUGUCAAAUACUCAAAAUGCCAAUCAUGUCCCGUCAAUUUUGACCAUUAGAUAUGAUUAUUUUCUGAUAUGAUCUUUAUCCUUAUGUAUUUUAUUGCCGUAAGAGUAAUUUGCUUAGCAGUUGUAUGUUUUCAAUGUUUGAUUCAGAUUAUAACUGAUUAAAAUCAUGGUCUAGCUUCAGUGUUCAUCUAAGUACACCUUCGUUUCUCAAGUAGAAAUUUUAUUGUUUAUUCC